AUGGCUGGAAACACUUCUGCCAACGCUCCUUCGAUGAUAGGAUCGACCAUUGUCAAAUCUCAUACUGAAAAACUAGAGAAGUUCAAAGGAGAAAACUUUAAGAGAUCGCAACGAAAAAUGAUCUUCUACCUCACCACCCUGAAUCUUGCUCACGUCCUAAAAGAGGUAUGCCCAACUACUCAACUAGAAGGAAUCACUCCUGAAAUUGAAGCUGUCAAGCAAGCGUGGUUGCAUUCGGACUUUCUAUGUCGCAACUAUAUUCUAAGUUUCCUGGAUGACACCUUGUAUAAUGUCUACUACAAUGUCUUAGAUACUUCAAGGCAAUUGUGGGAGACAUUAGAUAAGAAGUAUAAGCUGAAAGAUGCUGAUAUUAAGAAAUUUGUAGUUGGAAAAUUUGAAGGAUUGGUCAUUAAUGAACCAUUCCAAGUUGCUGCUGUGAUUGAGAAAUUGCCUCAUGCUUGGAGAGAAUUCAAAUGGUAUCUCAAACACAAGCGAAAGGAGUUGUCCAUGGAGAAUCUUACUAUGAAACUCUGCAUUGAAAAGGACAACAAAAAGAGGGACAAAGAACCACAGAAAGCUAAAGAACAUAUUGCUGAAGCUUCAAGGCGUUAUCCCAAGAAGAACCAAUCUAAGAUAAAGGACGUGAAUCUUGGGCCAAGGAAUGACGCUAACAAGCACAUUCAUGGAAUCUAUUGGUUUGUGCUAAGAGUGGUCAUAUAG